AAUUGUAAAGUAGGGUAUUGAUUUCGUAUUCUACAUACGGCUAUAGUUUAUUGAAGAAUGUAAACAUGUGUACUGAGGUAAAGCAUUUAGAACUAGCUGUUAAAGAAGUAUUUUUCAAAAUAAAAGAUAAAGGCAAGGAUAAAAGCAUUCUAAAUGGCGUUUCUUUUAGCGUUAAAAAUGGAGAAAUACUCGCCAUUCUUGGCCCAACAGGGUCAGGAAAAACAACUUUGCUCAACCUAAUAUCCGGGCGGCAAAAGUUUACCAGCGGUAAGAUUACUUUAAAUGGGCAGACGCUCGACAAGAGGUUACGUAGACGCUUGGCUCUCGUACAGCAGCAAGACGUCUUCUUCUCACAGCUAACGUUGAUAGAAACAUUACAGUUUACAGCAAACAUCCGCAUGCCGGAGAGCACAUCGGCUAGCCAGAAACAAGCUGAGAUAGAUGAAAUCGUACAGUCUCUUCGUCUAACAAAAUGCCUGAACACUGUGAUAGGAGACAUGUUCGUGAAGGGCCUCUCUGGUGGGGAGAAGAAAAGAGCUAGCAUAGCUUGUGAGUUACUGACUGACCCAGAUAUUCUCUUAUUAGAUGAGCCCACGUCUGGGCUAGAUUCUACAACCGCUCGUGACAUAAUGAACUGUAUCCAUGACAGUGCCAAGAUACACAAAAAACUUGUAAUAACCACAAUUCACCAGCCAGCAAGCAAACUGUACCACAUGUUUGAUAGAUUGGUCCUGCUCUCAGAUGGAUAUUGUUUAUACAAUGGUGAAAGUAAACACGUUCUCCCGUACUUCCAACAACUUGGAUAUACUUGUGAAUCGGGCUACAAUCCAGCUGAUUUUCUAAUGGACAUUUUAAGUACAGAAGACGAGUCGGAGAUAAACAAGUUCAGAUCACACGCCAAAAGUCAUACCAUUGAAGCAUCAAGCAACAACGAUAUAACUUCUAAUAACAGACAGGGCAAUUGGAAAGACAAAAAAGAUGAAUUGAAGAUAUCCGACUCUGAUACUGACAGUCUUCUAGAAGAAACUCGUGUUAGCAUUGAUCUUCAGCCAGAAAAAACGCAUGGUUCCGGAGACAAAUACCUUAUUUUAGGUAGGCAUGAAGAUCGUUGGACCACAGGCUGGUUUACCCAGUACAAAGCUCUGGCCGGUAGAGGUUUGAAACAGUCGAUUGGCGUGUUGAAACAAGGCUAUACUCUAACACAAGCUGCUAUUGUGACCGUCCUUUGCUCACUCGUCUAUUUCCGAAUUGGCGUCAGUUACGAAACGUCAAGAGACGUCUUUGGUCUGAUGUUCUUCUAUGUUGGUUACUGGACAUUUAUACCUGCCAUGACUGUAAUAAGCAGCUAUCCUGCAGAACGUCCCGUGAUAAUAAAAGAACGAGCGUCCGGUGCGUACCGGUUAAGUGCCUACUUCUGCUCUACCAUGACAAGUGUGUUACCAGAUCUUUUUAUCCAACCAGUUGUUAUGUUUGUGUUAUUCUUUUGGAUCGGAGGUUUUGGUGGUCCAGCUGAAUUGUUUCCUGCUUUAAUCAUAAACCUUUUACAAGCGUUUGCUUGUUUUGGACUUGGUCAAUUUCUGUCGGUACUGUGCAAGGAUCUCCGGAUGGCUAUAACAACAUUGUUUAGCUACCUGAUUUCGUCUUACUUAUUAGGUGGAUUUUUCUCCCGAAAUGUUCCUAUAUGGAUGGAAUGGAUCAAAUAUGUAUCCCUGUUCUACUAUCCUUAUGCAUAUACAAUAACACUGAUAGUAUCUGGUAUAGAUGACAUUCCUUGCAACCAGACCAAAAUAGAUGAAUUUCCGAAAUGCAACCACAACGCGAGCUUGUUUGUUACUUCAGAAGACAUUCUAGAACAAUCAAACGUUUUUUUACCACCAUAUGUGAUUUUCAUAAUUAUUUUGUGUUAUACUGCGUUAAUCAGGCUAGCAUCUUACUUGGUGCUUAGAUUUAAGAAGGAAACACUAGUUUAACUACAUGUAGCAUGGCCUGAUUAUACAUCUAGAUCUCAUGAAUAAUAAUUUUAUCAUACAAAACAAUUUAUACAAUAGCUCAAUGUAGAAACUGCAUGAGUAUUCAAACGGGCAUUAAAAACGGUUUAUAACCAUGUAUGCACUAUGUAAAAUUAAAGUUUUGACACUCUGUACUUUUGCUUUAUAAGCUUUAUGUAAUUUUGCUUUAUAAGCUUUACUUACACGGAAAUAAAUGAUUAACAAAUAAAAGCUG